AUGACCGAACAACCAAUACCCACCGCGGCCAAUGGCCAAUCUACUGCUGCCAGCGAUACGACCGCUUUCCCUGCAAUCACUCCCAUCACGACGACACGCCCUGACAGCGGGCCGGAGAGCGCUUCAGGCUCCCGGCAGAGUAGGGCAAACAGCAAUGCCGACGGAGGGAGUCCAGGAGGAUACACAGCGAUAGCGAAAAGGCUUCGAAGCGCAUCCCGAACAUUUGAGCAAUCGAGCAUACCAGUUGGCAUGUGGUCUGCGACGGCUUCUAUUGCUUCGUCCGCUCCCUCGAUAGCUGAUAUUAGGAGAGGUAGUUUUGGGAGUGAUGGUUGGACCGGCGAUGGUCAGUUGAAGGAAAAAAGCAGGCGUGCUAGCAUUGGGCGCCGUACUACCUCCAACUCGCUGGUUGCUAGGAAUGGUACUGGCAGCGGGCUUACUGAAGUCGCGGAGAAUCAGAAACUCGAGAGCCCGAUAGAGAACGCCGUCACGAGUAGGCAACUGGAUACAAUCAGUGCCGAAGGGUCCGCGGAUUCCCAGAACCCAGUCGUACAACAGAACACGGCCUCUGUGCCACAAGUCGGCGGUUCAACCACUGAACCAAACCAAGAAUACAGAAUUGAGCCAUUCGACAACGGUUAUGAGUUCCCGCCAAAGCACAACUGGCAGACAUCUACGGCUAUCGGUGCCAAGGCUUUCUGGAAGUUCUUUCUUACGCCCCUCGGUUUCUUGGUGGUCAUUUACGGUUUGAACGUUGUUGCCUGGGGAGGCAUGCUAUUCCUACUGCUAUGCAAUGCAUCGCCAGCGAUGUGCUACCCUACCUGCGACGAUAUUAACUCCCCGCGAAGAAUCUGGAUCGAGAUCGACUCACAAAUCCUCAACGCGCUGUUCUGCGUAACGGGAUUCGGCUUGGUUCCAUGGAGAUUCCGGGAUUUUUACUACCUGAUGAAAUAUCACAUCCGAGGCGACCAGCUUAGCCUUCGCCGCCUAGCUGGCAUCCACCGAGAUUGGUUCAGACUGGAAGGAUCUUCGGACUUGCCUAUCUCAGUUGGGCCCGAUAAUAUCGAGGCUGAGAUAUCCGCGCUGCCGGAGAGUGCUGUGCCAUAUCCCCUGAAGACUAUCCCCAGCGCACCGCUGACAGGAAAUCGUGCACCGGCUACAGCAAGGUGGAAAAUGGACUUUUUCAUCUGGAUGUUCGUGUGGAAUACGUUUCUACAGAUCGUCCUCUCCGUGUUUAUGUGGAAGUUUAAUAGAUAUGAGCGCCCUUCAUGGAGUACUGGUCUUUUCGUGGCAAUGGCCUGCAUCGUGGCUGGUAUUGGAGGCAUCAUGGGGUUUGUCGAGGCCAAGAAGGUCAAGUCGAUUGAGGGUGUGGAGGUUAGCCCCGAGGAUCAGGCGCGGCUGAAGAGGGAUCGUGAGAUGGGGAUUGUUCAUUACAACAACUUGAAGGGCGAAAAGCCCAAGCCGAAGAAGGAGCACCAUAACCCGUUAACGCACAGGUCUCUAAAGGGAGAAAAGGGAGACAAGGGGGAUGACUUGGCCAAGGGUAUAACCACUGAGACCAGCAUGGCGAGUGAUAAACCUUUAGCGUAG